GCUAAGGCGUUCAUCUACAUUGCCUUACUGCGAGUUACAUUUCAUUCAAAGUUAAGAGAUUGGUCACAGGCGAGAUUUUUAGGUUUAGGAACGAAUAGCAUUUAGGAAUUGGAAAGGGAGUCUCCUUGACAACAUCUUUGUGAAAAGCCAUGAAAACUGAAGAUCUCUGCAGAAUGAAUCAUUUGCCAAUUUUUCUGUUCUUACUGUUGUGCGUCGCAGCAAAAAGAGAGGAUCUCUACAGAUUAAUUGAUCGGGACCUGAUCUGCGAUUCUCAAUCCAUCACUCAUAACUUCACUGCCCACUCCUUGUCCACUUGUGCCACGGCCUGCAAGCUCAAGCCCUCCUGUGGCAUGUUCGCUGUGAAUCACGUGUACGACAACGCUUCCGUGAAAGAACACAAAUCGAAGCAAAACGUGAAACUGAACUGUGUGCUCUGCAAAUCGAACAACCUCACCUCCGUGGUGGAAAAGAAAGGAUGGUCCAUUUACAUGAAAUGGCUGAAGGAGGCACGCUUUCACAUCUUGGAGACCGACAACAAGUCCUCCGCUCCCGAUGUCUCUCCUCUGGAAAUGUGGAACAUCGACUGCAAUCAUCCGGACAUCACCACCAAGAAGAACGGGGCCAUCAUAGGAAUAUGGGACGACAAGGAUGAAUUCCGGGAUCUCGAUAAAGUAAAGUGUUUCAACUGGGACGCUGCGGACCUCUUCAGCGAUAAGCCCCCUCGCUUGCUCUACAUCUACUUAGAGGAUUAUCGACAAUGUCCCAAGGAUUACGUGCUCACGGCAAUUACAGCCAGCAACGCCGCUUUUCGCAAUGUGGACAAUGGCAAGUGCAGUCCACUUCGGCCCCCUUUUCACAUCGACUACGAACACUGUGUCACGGUCAAUUCAGAUGGGAGGGACGGCGGUACGGUGGACAAGUGGAGGCCCUGGAGGGUGCAGUGCCCAACCGCAGGACCACAGGUGGCCGUCUCCCUCCACCGAAGACGUCGAAUCCACACCGGGCUCAAGUGUUGUGUGCUCAAAGGUUUAACAAUGGAAUGACCUUUCUGUCUUCAUAGUUAGGUAAUAUGAAUGAAAUAAUUCACGAUUACUGGGAUUUAGAAAAAUAAUUCUUAAUAAAUAAACUGGUAAACUCCGUUUGUCUAUUGUUUGUCGCCAGGUCU